AUGUCUCCACGGGCUUCCCAGCAAGCGGAAACCGAAAAUUCUGGAAAGGAGCCUGAUUUUCUGGUGACUGCUCCGCAGAUUGACGUAAAGAUUCCCUGCUACUGCUUCAAGGUGGCAAAGAAUGGCAUUGCUGAAAGAGACCACCUUCAUAUGACUAAAGCUGAAUAUCGUCCGAUCCUUAGCCAAUCAGAGCCCGGCCGCGAUGAGCGAUAA